GAGAAGGAUCAGAGUUUGUGCGAGAAGGGAAGAGAUUAACUCGGGCUGCACGCAGGCAAACCACGGAGCUGCUAGCAGUUAGCCUUAGCCGCCUUAUCACUUCUCCGUCCUCGUCCUCUCCCGGCCACUCUGCUCUCCAGUCCCGUCCUCUCCACGCCAUUUCUUUGAGUGCGCAUAUGAAGCAAAUUGAUCCAAAGUAGCGAAGGAGCUCCCUCCCCACCAUCCCCGCUUCUUCCUCCUUCAAGCGUGACCGUGUGUGUGUGUGAGCUACGUGGGCAAAACCCAAACAAACGCGCCUUCAAAUAAGCUACUGGUUACAAUCGGUGUCCUGUUACCUGUCAUCGGAUGCACAACACGAUGAUGCGCUACGUUGCAGUGCGAGGCGGCCUCGGUCUGCUUGCCGUGAGAAGGGCGUGUCUACUCUACCGGUUCGCCCAUUCGGCCCCGCAGAGCCACUACCGGCCCAUCAAGAAAGUGAUGGUGGCUAAUCGAGGUGAGAUCGCCAUCCGUGUGUUCAGAGCUUGCACCGAGCUGGGGAUUCGGACGGUGGCCGUCUACUCUGAGCAAGACACUGGCCAGAUGCACCGGCAAAAAGCAGAUGAGGCCUACCUGAUUGGAAAAGGUCUGGCGCCGGUCGCCGCCUACUUGCACAUCCCUGACAUCAUCAAAGUAGCCAAGGACAACAACGUGGACGCCAUCCACCCAGGCUACGGAUUCCUAUCGGAGCGCUCGGACUUUGCUCAAGCCUGCGUCGACGCCGACGUGAUGUUUGUCGGACCGACUCCGGAAACCGUCCGCAAGAUGGGCGACAAAGUAGAGGCCCGCUCCCUUGCCAUCAGUGCCGGUGUACCGGUGGUCCCGGGAACCGACUCCCCCAUCAGCUGCCUACAGGAGGCCCACGCCUUCGCCCAGACCUACGGCUUCCCCAUCAUCUUCAAAGCGGCCUACGGGGGCGGCGGCCGAGGCAUGAGGGUGGUCCGAGAGUACGAGGAACUUGAAGAGAACUACCAGCGGGCCUACUCGGAAGCGCUGACGGCUUUCGGCAAUGGCGCUCUGUUUGUGGAGAAGUUUAUUGAAAAACCGAGACAUAUUGAAGUGCAGAUCCUCGGAGAUAAAUUCGGUAAUGUCAUCCACCUCUACGAGAGAGACUGCUCCAUUCAGCGGCGCCACCAAAAGGUGGUGGAGAUCGCGCCAGGUUUCCAACUGGACCCUCAGCUGAGAAACCGGCUUCAUUCGGACGCUGUCAAUCUCGCCAAAAUGGUGGGCUACGAAAACGCGGGCACGGUGGAGUUCUUGGUGGACAAACACGGCAAGCAUUACUUUAUUGAAGUCAACUCGCGGCUUCAGGUGGAGCACACGGUGACGGAGGAAAUCACCGACGUGGACCUGGUGCACGCUCAGCUACACGUGUGCGCCGGCCGCAGCUUGCCAGAACUGGGCCUCAGACAGGACAAGAUCAGAGUCAACGGUUGCGCCAUCCAGUGCAGGGUGACCACCGAGGACCCGUCCAGAGGCUUUCAGCCAGACACCGGCAGGAUCGAGGUAUUCCGAAGCGGCGAAGGCAUGGGCAUCCGUCUGGACAGCGCCUCGGCCUUUCAGGGCGCUGUCAUCUCGCCGCACUACGACUCCCUUCUGGUCAAAGUCAUCGCCAGCGGCAAGGACCUGUCCACCGCCGCCUCCAAGAUGAGCCGAGCUCUGGCCGAGUUCAGAGUGAGGGGGGUCAAGACCAACAUCCCCUUCCUGCAGAAUGUAUUCUCCAACCACCAGUUCCUCCACUCCACCGUGGACACGCAGUUCAUCGACGAGAACCAGGAGCUGUUCAACCUCAAGCCCACGCAGAACCGAGCGCAGAAGCUGCUGCACUAUCUGGGUCACGUGAUGGUGAACGGACCGACCACACCCAUCCCGGUGAAAGCCAAGCCGUCUUCUAUUGACCCGGUCAUCCCACCUGUCACCAUGGGUAUGUGUCUAAGCUUGGCUU